GAGGGGAGGGGGCACAAACAUGGCCGACGAGGCAGAGGAAGUAAACACAGCUGCAGGGGACGAUGACGCUGAUCAACAGCUACACGAGCCCCAAGCCUCUGCGGCGGCGACCGACGGCGGCUCGGGCGGCAGCGACGCGCUGGGCCCGAUGGAGAAGCCGACUCCGGCGGCGGCAGAGAGCGCCUGGUCAGCCCCCAUCCUGUCACUGGCUCGGAAGGCCACGGAGACGAUUAGCAGCGGGGUGAGCUACGCUGCUGGCCCGAGGAGUCAUUCACUGGGGUCCGCCGCCAGCUCCCCGACCGAGAAGGAGCCCGAAAAUGGCCUCAGCAACACUUCCAAAAAACGUCCUGUCCUGCCCCCCAAAGACCCCACGGCCAUAGAGAGAUCCAACCUCCUCAGCAUGAUGAAGCUGAGCAUCAAAGUGUUGAUUCAGUCCUCCUUGAGUCUGGGCAGGACGCUGGACUCAGAGUACCCUCCUCUGCAGCAGUUCUUUGUCGUCCUCGAGCAUUGCCUCAAACACGGCCUGAAAGCCAAGAAAACUUUCAUUGGUCAGAACAAGUCCAUAUGGGGACCCUUGGAACUGGUUGAGAAGUUGUGUCCAGAGUCCAUUAACAUUGCCACAAGUGCUCGAGACAUGCCCAGCAUUAAGACUGGUUUGGGUAGAGGAAGGGCUUGGCUGCAUUUGGCACUCAUGCAGAAGAAAGUAGCCGACUAUAUGAAAGCUUUGCUGGACCGCAAGGACCUCCUGAGUGAGUUUUAUGACUCUGGAGCGUUGAUGAUGGAGGAGGAGGGGGCGGUCAUUGGGGGACUGCUGGUGGGCCUCAACGUAAUUGAUGCAAAUCUCUGUAUUAAAGGGGAGGAUCUUGAUUCUCAGGUGGGAGUCAUUGAUUUCUCCCUUUACCUGAAAGAUCCAGCCAACAGUGAGACUCAAAAAGAUGAUGUGAAGAUGACAGCCAUAUUAGAUCAGAAGCACUACAUUGAGGAGUUGAAUCGUAACCUAAGCGGCACCGUCACUGAUCUUCAGGCUAAGAUGGACUCUAUAGAGAAGACCAACAGCAAACUUGUGGAAGAGCUGACGGCAGCGACGGACAGAAUCAACUCUCUGCGGGAGGAACAGGAGCAGCUGAGAAAAGAGAAUGAGUCAAUCCUGCAGUCCAGCCAGAAAAAGGAAGAGGCAGCUCUUCAGGACAGCCAGGUGGAGCUGGAGACAUACAAACAGACGCGACAGGGCCUGGAUGAGAUGUAUAAUGUGGUGUGGAAGCAGUAUAAGGAGGAAAAACACAUUCGCCAGGAGCUGGAGCGUGAGCUGGAGCUGCAGGUGGGGUUGAAGCAGGAGAUGGAGGUGGCCAUGAAAUUGCUGGAGAAGGACACACAUGAGAAACAGGACGCGCUGGCAGCCCUGCGACUCCAGCUCGACCAGGUCAAGACGCUUAACCUGCAGAUGGUCCACAAAGCUCAGGACUCGCAACGAGAAGCAGAAAAGAAGCAGGCGGAGGCUGUGCAGCUGGAGCAGAGGAUGAAUGAAAUGGAGAAAGCAAUGAUGGAACUAGAGCAGAGACUUCAGAACUCGGAGCAGAAGCGCAAACAGAGCGACCAGUCAGACAAAGACAUGCGAGUGGAGCUGGAGGAAAAAGUAGAUGGUCUCCAGAAACAGCUGACUGACCUGGAUACACUAAGACUGGGGUUAGAGAAGGAGCUGCGCACUGAGAGGGAACAGAGACAAGGUUUGCAAAAAGCUCUGCAGAGGGAACAGGACAACAGCAUGGAGCUCCGCACACAGCUGCAACAACUGCAGGGCCUGCACACGGAGCUGCAGGAGUUGAAGCAGGAGAAGCAGCAGCUGCAGCAGACGUGUGUGCAACAGGAACAGGCUCUACAGGAGAUGGGACUACAUCUCAGCCAGUCUAAACUUAAGAUGGAGGACUUCAAGGAGGUCAACAAAGCCCUGAAGGGCCAUGCUUGGCUGAAAGAUGAUGAAGCCACUCAAUGCAAACAGUGCCUGAAGGAGUUCUCCAUCUCACGCAGAAAGCACCACUGCAGAAACUGCGGGGACAUUUACUGCAGCAACUGCUCCAGCAACGAACUGGCCUUACCUUCCUACCCUCGGCCUGUGCGGGUGUGCGACGUGUGCCACUCCCUCCUGCUACAGAGAAGCUCCAAGGGCUCCUGACAAACACCUACGAGCGUCAAGUGUAGCCAAGAGUGUUUCGACUGACCAACACUGCACAUGCCCAUCCACUAUGAGUUUUUAAAUUAUGUAUAUUUAAACACUGUCAUCAAAUGUUUAGGAAACUGGAUAUGGCGUUCCUUUUCCACCACUACCUGAAAUUCAGUAUGAUUCUGUCGAGCUGUUUUCAGACACGAGGUUCGUCUCACAUACGGAGAACGCAGCUGGAGAUAGAUUGGGUAGAGCAUGAAUGAGGCAGGACAUAAACAUGCAAAAUGUUUUAGUUCACUGCUAAUCAACACUGGCGAAUGUUGUCUUUCAAAGCUGAUUUCUUGUGCGUCUUCAUGUAUGGCUUGUCUUUUUUUAUCCUGAGAUAUUUCUAUUUAGUUUUUUUCAGUUGUGUUCAUCGCUCCCAGUGCAUUGUCUGGACAUUUUCCUGCUGUAUUCUCACAUAAGCUCACUUGGACAUUUCACCAGGGGCUGGCAGGAAAGGUUCUGGAAAAUGUCCAAAGCAACCGACUCAAACAUUUGCAUUCUCACAUACAGCUCAUUUGGAAAUUUCAAUUUCAAGUCCAGUGGUUGUCUGAAAACAGCUUGUUUCAUCGGGGCCACCUUUAACACUGAUAGAAUGCGCUAAUGUAGUUUGUGCAGGCUUGGUUUUGCUGAGGAUGAUAUAGUUUGUCAUUAUUAUUUUUUUCUGGCUGGAAUAACAGGUUUGACAAAUUGGCACUCACUUGAUAAACGUAUUUAAAGCGUGUAGUUGUUCAAAGUGGAGGUAGAUCAUCUUGUCGUCUUUUGAAGGAUACUGCUGGUUUUCUGCUUUUGUAGAGGAUCAUUGGUGUAGCUGGUUUACAGAGAACUUGUGUACUUCAACAUGUCAUUUCUAUGGCUGUGACCUCACUGAGUGACACCUGCAGAAUUAUGUAAAUGACUGUAGAAUGUUAACAAAUCUAAAUCAAAUAUUUUAGAAUGUAUUAUAACAAGGUUUUGUGGAUUGUCAAGACUGAUGCAAAGCCAUUUUCUUAAUUUGGGGAAUGGUGACCAAAUUUUAUAUCUAGACAUUUGAUAAAAAUGAAUAAAACCUCCUUUUUUGCAAUGCGUGUUUCAAUUAGAUAUUCCAGACUAGUUUAUUCACGUUGUGCACAGGAAAUACAAAUAGCAUUUGAAGCAGUAGAAACCUACAUGUCAGCAGAUUUUAAAUUCACUUGCUGUUGAUACAGCCCUCAUCCAGAAAAACUGCUCCAUCAACAGUCACACCUUUAGAAAACAAAACAUGCUCUGACCAUGUGAAGUCUCAAAUUCAGAUUAACACUUUAACUGGAAAUAAAAAGCUAGAAGAUGAAACGAGGUCAAAACAUAAGAUACCAGAAGAUAUUUUUUUGUUCAUGCACUCAGACAUUGAAAAUUAGGUUAAAGCCACUGGGAAAGGAUGAGUUAACCUUGAGGAAAAGCCAGGUGUUGGGUGAAUAAACACAAAGAUAACACAUUUCCUGGUAUCAAAAUUUUAAAGCAGAUUUUCUGUGAUGUGUGGAAAACUGAGUAUUGGGGAAGACAAACAGCGCUUCUGAAAAACUUGAGACACCAGAUGAUCCCACGUUCUGAAGAUCAUCCACUUUAAAAAAACAAAUACAAAGCCUACCACUCAGUAUUUUCAAAACAUCCUCACCUGACCCUAGCGUUUUAAUAGUGAGGCUUACAUUUCCAGUCCUUCCAGCAAAAUGCUGAGAUAAAAA